UCUAGCCCUAAUCUGCUUCAAAGAUACUCCUUUCCGCCUUCCACUCGUUUCCCGAUUUUGUUUUCCGUUUUGGCCCAAAAGUCUUGAAGAAGAGAGGUGGGGCAACACAGCUCACCAGAGACCCAAGACAAGAGCGCUGCCACCCCACCUGUCUUGUCGCCUCAAGAAGGUCAACAAGUAAACAACAUGUCAGCAACCGCAGCGAUUGUCACGCAAGGCUCUGAGAUUCCAGACGGCGUCGGCAUUUGGAGCCCUCAGUGGUUCGAAAUGAUGAAGAACGGCCCGUGGUUUCGACGAGAAGAGAUGCAACCUAUCAAUCCCAGAUUCCAGAAUUAUCACCCGUAUGCCUGCCAUUCCUGCAAGCGUGGAUCCUUGAUGGGUUCGAACCUCCUUACAUGUACCAGGUGUAACGUUGUCCGAUAUUGUAGCAAGGACUGUCAAAAGUGCGAUUGGAAAUUUCAUAAACAGUGGUGCAAGGCAUUUCAUAGUCUCUGCCAAGACGGUUUGCUGAAUCAAAUUGUCAAGUAUGACUCGAUCGAAGCGUGGCAGAACGAUUCGCCGAACGUGUUGAGUUUGCUUUUCAGCCGAAUGGGUGAGGGGAUCCUACGACACUCUGUGGAAAUUCAAAUUACUCUGAGUCAGCCACGCUGCCGCAAAUGCUUUCAAGCUGGGUUUACUCUACUAGAGGAGCAUGGCAAUAAGGCCCAAAAGGCGAACUUGACGCCUUGUCCAAUCUGCAUGGGCGUGACACUCUGUGAUGAGUGCUUGCAAGGAAAGGAUGUAGAGAACAUGACCAUGGAAGAAAACAGCGCUCUCUUUCAUAGCCACCGUUGUAAGAACCCCAUGCAAGAAUGUCACAGCCAUCUCUUAUCACUCUGCUGUGCAGGAAUGAUUGUGGAGCAAGAGCAUCCCUUGGGCAUGCCCUCGGAUACAGACAGCCAAGAGCGAUGGGUUCCCCGCAGUUGGCGAGAGUACUUUGACAAGAAACGGAGUGAUUUUGAUCUGCCAGAACAAAUGUUCCUCCUGGCACCCGUGCCUGUCUUUUUAUCAGAAGCUCAUUCGAUCAAUCUCACGCUACAGUACAUUCUGUUUGGACUGUCCUUGCCGGAAUUUGCAGCCCUGCGUGAACAAGAAAAGCUAGUGAUUCACUACUGUGGCGCCUCGGCCUCCGAAUUGAACAUGCCGGGAAAGUAUGUCGAGUUGGUGCGCCUCAAUCCACAUUGGACCGAGCUGCAACUCCAUUUCAUUGGUCCCAAUCAACCCGACGGGGUAGCCAGUAAAUUGCAGCGUGCCAUUGGCAUGGAGUCGAUCCGUCCUACCUGCAACAUUAAAGUCCACGCCCACAAGGGACUCUAUCAUGAUCUGCAUCUUGAUCCGCCAACGCUGAUUGUUUGUCAGAGUUCUGGAUUGUCCGACCCGGGCUAUACACAAGAGUGGCGUCCUACGGUGGAGCAUUUUUUCCACCAGAGCAGCGUGCCAGUGGUUUGGACUGCAGGGUUAGAAAAAGAAAUCAUGGAUGAUUGCCAAGUGCUAAGGUCCUGGGGUGCCCAUUUGCUGGUGGAACCCACGGCCAAUCCGUUUCGUGGACUUUGGCCCUUGCUGGAUCCCGGACGGGAGUGUGGCGACUUUUUCUAUUCGAAUUCCUACUUUGCCGUCAUGAAAGGGCAAAGGUAGUAAGAGAGGAGUAUGCAAUAUUGCUUUCAUGGGGCAGCAACUACAAUGAUCUAUCUAUCAUUACAUGACUGACUCCAGCCAGAUUCAAUCAUUUGUGGGGUGACCUGCGCACAAAAUCAAUCAAAGCGACAUUCUAUAACCAAUCGAAUCAGGUCUGACUCUCCUCCGUACGGAGUCCUGUUGUAUAGGCUGGCAAAGCUACACACGGCUGGCGCAUUGGUGCUUCAUACUGCAUUCUGCUGAUCAGUCAGUUUCUUAUUGUUGUGUGGUCCGUCGCAACCAAUGAAUCAUGAAUCAAGACUCAAUGAAUAUUAAUCCCGAUCUUUGAUUUCGACAAAUCCCGGAUUCUGUUCCAAGAACCGUCGUCGUUCUCCGGGUCGCUUGGGCAAUUCCCCCGGUGGCAAUGCCUGUCCCUUUUUGUAGACGCAAAUUUUCUUUUUGCGAUGGACCGGUGGAGGUCCUUGCGGAGGAUCAAAAUUGCUCCACAUGGCAAUGGGAAAAUCGCGUUUGGCGCGCACAUACCACUCGCGGUCGUACGAGGUCGUGUUGCGAAUGUACUCCAACGUCGUGGCCGACAAGGUGUGUUUGAGAAUGCGGUCUUUUCCCUUGUUGCGAAUUUCGUUGCAGUAGCGAACGUGUCCCAGUUGUUCCAAUAUCUUGAAUGUUUCGUAGGACAAGGCAUCGGUGGUUCCGAUCCAAUCGAAGUCAGUGACAAAGGCAUCGUAGACAUCUCGACAUUGUUGUUGCGUGACGUGUGUUCCGGCACGUCCGUGUUUUUCUCGAUAGUCUUCGUAAUAGGCCACUUCUGUUUUGAGUGUAAAAACACACUGUGGAUUGGGUACGGACAAUUCUAAAAAGUCCUCUUCGGUGGCAUUGGGUCUCCAGUAAUAUCGAUUGUCGUACUUGGGUUGGGCGUAGUAGAAAUUGAAAUGAGAGACGGCCAUACUGGUGGGUUCUCGUACCACGGUGAAGGCAAAAAAGGGAAUAUUGCGUAGCUUUGCCAUGGCCCUCCAAAUCAAGACAUCCUGUCGGACUUGUUGGGUCAUGUAGGCCGCCGCCU